CUUGUUCUCUACAACAACGAAUCCGUCACCGUCACCGAUAGCACUGCACAAGCCGUGCAAGAAUCUAGAGGCGACACCUACCCAUACCCGUAUCACGCUCGGCAGACCUCGGCACGAGCGCAAAAGCGACCAGGCACACGAGCCUCCACACCACCACCUUCUCCCCGAGCCCUCCACCUUCAUCUCUGCGCGUUUGUCGCCACCGUUAGCCUACAUCGUAGCACUAUGGACGUGACGGCGCUCACUAGCCUGGUGAAGGAGCUGAAUGACGCCAAUGCCGCUGGCAAGACCGAGGACGUCAUUGGCCUCCUCAAGAAGCUCAAGACGGAUGUGCAGCCCACCGAGGAGCUCCUGAGGACAUCCCGUGUCGGUGUCGCCGUCGGCAAGCUACGAAAGCAUGCCACUCCCGGCGUGAGCUCGCUCGCGCAGGAGAUUGUCAAGCUGUGGAAGGACGCGGUGGACGAGAGCAAGCGCAAGCGGAAACGCGACGAGGAGAGCAAGGAGGACGAGGGCGGAGCGGCUGCCGGUGGCGACGCCGUCAAGCGCGUCAAGGCCGAGGCGUCGGCACCCGCAUCUGCCAGUGGGGCAAGUACUCCUGGCACGCCGGACGGCAAGGAGAAGGCCAAGUCGCCGCCUCCGCUGAGCACAAUCGACACGACGCGCACCAAGCCGCGUACGGCCAAGGACGACGGCGUGGACAAGACACUGCGGUCGGACAAGACCGAGUACGCGAGCGAGGAGGUGCGCGAUCGCUGUGUCGUCAUGAUCUACGACGCGCUGGCGAGCGACAGCAAUGCGCAAACCAAGGUCCUUUCGGAGCGCGCGAUAGCCAUCGAGCGUGAAGCGCUCAAGCUCAUGAAGUUCUCGACGGGCAACGACUACCGCGGCAAGAUGCGCUCCCUCUUCCUCAACCUCAAGGACAAGGGCAACCCUGGCCUCCGUAACGAGAUUGUUCUCGGCGCCGUGUCGGCGGACAAGGUCGUCAGAAUGACCAAGGAGGUGCGUGGGACCGAGAUGGCUUCGGAAAGUGUCCGCCUUAAGAACGAGAAGAUUGCCGAGCACAACCUGUUCAAGGCCAAGGCGGUCGGCGUAACCCAGGCCGAAACCGACGCGUUCAAGUGCUCAAGGUGUAACCAGAGGAAGUGCACCUACUACCAGAUGCAGACUCGUUCUGCAGACGAGCCGAUGACGACCUUUGUCACGUACGUAGGGAGGAGGACUGACCUGCCAGAAUAUAUGCUGACCCUUUGUUUCUCCCUGUUUGCUCGACGCCACCUCGUGUUGCGGAAAAUAGUUGCACGAAUUGUGGCAACCGCUGGAAGUUUAGUUAAGCGCUGGGGCAUGCCGGCUGUCUGGUUGGGCUGGCGAAGCCCUGCCACUUCCACCGGCGACCAGCUCCGCAAGAACCCAGCACUCAAGAUGGCUCCCCUCCCCGUCCCCUCGAUCCGCGUCCCCGCAAAGUCGGGCGUCAAGUCGGCCAAGAAGCACUCGCAGGCCGUCAUCAUCGGCUCUGGACCUGCCGGCCACACGGCAGCCAUCUACCUCGCCCGUGCCAACCUCACGCCCGUGCUCUACGAGGGCAUGCUUGCUAAUGGCUUCGCCCCAGGAGGCCAGCUUACCACCACGACCGAUGUCGAGAACUUCCCCGGAUUCCCCGAGGGCGUUACUGGCCCCGAGAUGAUGGACAAGUUCCGUGCCCAGUCCGAGCGCUUCGGCACCGAGAUCAUCACCGAGACCAUUGCCAAGGUCGACCUCUCGUCCCGUCCCUUCAAGUACUGGACUGAGGGUGAGGAGGAGGAGGCCGACUUUUUGACUGCCGACACCAUCAUCAUUGCCACCGGUGCCUCGGCAAAGCGCCUCUUCCUCCCCGGCGAGGACACGUACUGGCAGAGCGGUAUCUCGGCGUGUGCCGUCUGUGACGGUGCCGUUCCCAUCUUCCGCAACAAGGCCCUUGCCGUCAUUGGCGGUGGUGACUCGGCUGCCGAGGAGGCCAUGUACCUGACAAAGUACGGCUCGCACGUCUACGUUCUCGUUCGCCGUGGCGAGCUCCGUGCCUCCAAGAUCAUGGCCAAGCGUCUCCUCGCCCACCCCAAGGUCACUGUCCUCUGGCACACUGUUGCCACCGAGUGCCUCGGUGACGGCGAGCUGUUGCAAUCGCUCAAGCUCCAGAACGUCCAGACUGGCGAGUCGUCCGAGCUCCCCGUCAACGGCCUCUUCUACGCCAUUGGCCACGAGCCUGCUACUGCCCUCAUCAAGGGCCAGGUUGCCACCGACGAGGACGGCUACAUCAUCACUGUCCCCGGUACUGCCCAGACCUCGGUCGCUGGUGUCUUUGCUGCCGGUGACGUCCAGGACAAGCGCUACCGCCAGGCCAUCACCUCGGCUGGUUCGGGCUGCAUGGCCGGCCUCGAGGCUGAGCGCCUCCUCGCCGAGGAGGAGGAGGACGCCGACGUCGUUGCCGCCGAGAAGAAGGCCGCUGCCAACGGCAACGGCCACUAAACUUAUAGACUUAGAUCGGCGAUUUUGUGUGAUGUAUAGUCAUGUAGGCUUG